UUAUCGAAUUUGGCGCACGCUGAUUUCACUUCCCGUAGCAUCCGGGUAUUUUACACAACAUGUCUGCCAAUUCUGAAGCGAGAUAUCUAAGAGCACCAUAGGAAUAUGUCCAGUGAUAGUGGAUCUAUUGAAGAGCCUCAUGCUGAGGACUCUCUGUCAGAUCCAGACCCUGGUCAGAUUGGAGCGCACAAAAGAUGCCUGGAAGAUGACACCACUGUUUUGGACACCAAAGCUGCCAGAAUGAUGGAUGAAGGAGGUGAAGAGUUAGAUGAAGAUGGAGAUCUCCAGGAUGAAGGUGGAGAUGAGGAGGACAACAGUGAGGAUGAGAGUGAAAGUGGCAGUGAAGAGGAAGGAAGUGAAGAAGAAGAAGAAGAUGAGGAGGAAGAGGAAGAAGGUGAAGAAGAGUGGGAAACAGAUGAGGAUGGCGAAGAUGAAGAAGAAGUAGGAGAUGAUGAAGAAGAAGAAGAAGAGGAUGAAGAUGAUGAAAUAGAGAAUGACAAAGAAGACUCAAGCCUUGUAUUAGGUGCAGGAGAGGAUAGUGAUGCUGGCAGUGACGGAGAGACGGAGCGCUGUCCAGUGUGUCUGAACAGACUGCUGGACCAAGAUGUGGGAACACCAGAGGCCUGUGACCACAACUUUUGUCUCGAGUGCAUCAAUGAAUGGGCUAAGAAUGUCAAUACCUGCCCCGUGGAUCGCCAUGUUUUCCAUAUUAUCCUGGCUAGACAUUCAUUGGAAGGGACUGUCUACAAAAAGAUCCCAGUGGAAGAUGUUAAUAAGCAGGGUGAGGAGGAAGAUGAAGAAGAGCCAACUGUGUGUGAGGUUUGUGGGAGGUCUGACAGGGAAGACCGUCUGCUGCUCUGUGAUGGCUGUGAUGCGGGGUAUCACUUGGAGUGCCAGAACCCUCCUCUGGAAGAUGUCCCAGUGGAGGAGUGGUUCUGUCCUGAAUGUGCACAUGAUCAUCCACAAGCCAGUGCUGAGGGGGAGUCCCCAGGGGCAGCAGUUCUGGCAGUGGUAGAGAGCAUGCAUCAGCUGCACACCACACACAGGCAGAUACCACGUACCAGGGUGGCAGACAGGGUCAGGAGGAACAUACAGAGAAACAGGGAGGCUGUCUUCCUUAACAUGGAGGAGGGGGCUAGAGGCACAUCAUUCUUUGGAUCCCCACCAGGUAGAAAACCUGCUGCUAAAAAGACCACCAAGAAAAGAAAAACCACAAAGAAGAGGAAAACAACUAAAAGAAAGACUAAAAAGAGGAAAAGCACCACAAAGAAGACUGGUACAAAGAAGAGGAGGAAAACUAGAAGGAAGAAGAGAAAGGUAAAGAAAUCCACCCCAGCGGCAGCAUCAGCCAGGGUGAAGCAAGCCACACCAACGUCAGUCAAGAGCAGACUAGCAGGGAGGUUAGGAUUAACCAAACCCCCAGCCGGACGGUCCAUUCCUUUGGUCAAGAAAAAACCAGGAAGGUCUGUAGACACUCAGAGAGUGGACAUGGGAGUCGCUCCACUGUCCAUCUUGGGACACAAGGAUGAUCUGGAUAUCUUAUAUGACAGUGAUGGCAACUCUCUACCUGACACUGCACCAGGCACCUCAGCUCAGAACUCUGAGAGAAAGGAGAAGGGACAGACGUACUCCAAGUUGGCACUGAGGUCCAAACAACGCCUUGCUGCUCCCGUUAUCAACAGAUCCUCCAGAGAAGAGAAGCCAGCUGUUGCUGAUGGUGGUGGUGGUGGUGAGAGUAGUGGUUCCUUUGACCUGUUAGGCAGCAUCAUGGCUGGACAGUCUAUACUACACACCAAGAGUGAACAUGUCACCAUUGGGAGAGAUGGAUCACUUAAAAUGAAAGCCAGUUCACCACCCAGGUCAGGUGCUAAAUCAAGUCCGCUCAAAAAUGAUUCAAAAGAGAACUCUGAAAAUGAUAUUUUAAAGACGGACAAAAUCUUCCAAGAGGGAAUAAAUCAAGAUACACCAUCAGAGACUUUAGAAAGAGUUGACAGUGAUGUUGAACAGGAUGACAUGGAAACUACAGACAUUUUGUCCACAGAAUUAAACAAAAGCACUGAUAUUUUGCAGAGAGAAAGUAUGGAGGAGGAUCUCAGUAUGGAGUUAGAGGAAGAUAAUUUGCAAGAGGAAGGAAAAGAUGAAGAUGACAUUGAAGGAACACCAUUAGAGGUUGAUUAUAAUUUAGGGGAAAGUAACAAUAAGAAGGAAUGUAAAGAAGGAGAGUCUGAUAAUGAAAAGGAAAGUGAACUGAAAGAAAACAAGAAUGAAAACCAUGCAGAUGUUAAAAAUGAUAACAUCACAGUUGAGGAAGACACUUACGAAGGAUGUGACGCUAUGGCAGGUUUGGAUUCUUUUAUGCAAACAAAUAAAGUGCCAAUUUCUGAGCUGCCUCGCAUUCCAAAAAUGAAAAAGGAAUCAGAAAAUGGUUCCUCGGCAAUGAAUCUAGAUACAUCAGAAGAAUCGGAGUCCAAACUGAAUCAGGAAAAAGUUGUUUUACAGGAUGAAACUGGGAAAGAAAGCGCAAUUGAGACAGACACACCAAAAAUGGAAGAGGAAUCGGAAGAAUCUGACCGAAAAGAUUCAAAACCACAUAGGAGAGACAGUGAGGAGGAUAAGGGAGACAAUAGAAAUGAGGAAAGACGGCAUAGUAAAAAGAAACAUAAACACAAACGCAGUCGAUCUCGUUCAAGGGAGAGAUCCAGAGACAAAUCACGAUCUCGUAGGUCAGGGUCUAGGACACGGAUGCAUAGAUCUCGUGAAAGAACUAGAAGUGGAGAUGACAAUAUUCAUGACAAGGAAAGCUCAAAACACACCUCUGACAGAGACAGGGAUAGAGAUAAGCAUGAUAGUUGGUCUAGGAGAAGGAGAUCAAAAUCUAGGAGUCCGUCACGAAAUGUUGACAUGAGGAGAACGCGUGAGGAUUCCUCGGAAAAAAGAUCUGAAAACAAAAAAUAUUCUUUGGAAAUUACUGUGAAAAAUGAACUGUCACAAUCAGAUGGUGUAAAUGAUGAUGCUGGCAAAAGGUCACACAAACAUGACUCUGAUACUGAUUCAAGGCGAUUCAGGAACAAGAGAGAUUUUCGUGGCAGUGCAGAUGUCAAUGAGCCAAAGAGACCCCAUCUUGAGAGCACUGUUACUGUUGUACAUACUGAUAAAUUUGGGGAUAGAAAUAGAGACAAGUCAGACAGGGACAAGGAUAGGAAUGAUAGAUCUCGAAACAGGGAUAAUUACAGGGAUUCUAGAAAGGAUAGCAACCACAAACAAAUGGAUUCUAGGUUACCGCAUACUGUUCCAGCUUCAAUUCCUUCCUUAAUGAGUCUCGUUCCUACCACUUCAACUGUUCUGGCGAACUCAAAAGACUCCAUUUUUCCACCAGAAUUAGAAACCAAUGACAAACCAGAUGAUUUGUUUUACGACCCAUUACAACCCACGGAUUCUGACUCACCAAACCCAACACCAGAUGUUCAUUUUACUGAUGCCUCUGCCGCAGGGUUCCCAUUUAACCUGAUGGAGCAGAUACCUCAUAUCACAACUACAGCCCCCAGUGGUCUGUUGGGGCAGGAACACGGGGUUAUACCUGUUAGCUCUGCAGUGAAUGGGCCAGGUGAACCUGGGAUGUUUAAUUUAAUACAACAAGGCCCAGGGGGUGGAAUACCUCUACGAUUCCUAGCUAAUCUCCCCCCGGGGGUCCACCCUGCUGCACUGCCCCGCCAUCCACUGUUAAUGAACCACCCCUUACUACUUAAUGGCCCCCACUUGGGCCAACUUCCCCCAGGGAUGCUGCCUGCUCACCUUGCUAUGCAGAUGAACACCCAAAAUCUUCUCCUUCAGCAGCAGUCCAGUAGGUUCAGACUGACUGCCCCUCCCCCACAGCCAGGCCAGGCCCAGCCCCCAGAGCACCUGCAGAGACUGCCAGGGAGUGAGAACUUACAGAGAUUUCAGCUCAACCACCCGGUCACUACAACACUGUCACAACCCAUACUGGCUGACCUACCACCAGGCUUUGAACACCCUGGAAUCCCACAUUUACCACCCCCAGGGUCAACCUUGCCUGGGCAGCACCGCCCCCCUCCUGGAGGUCUGGGCCUGCUCCCCACCCCACCAGGCCCCCCACCUCCAAUCAGUCUUCCAGAAGGGGUGCUUCCCCACCCACCUAGUCCUCAUUCUCUCUCUUCCAUGCCUCCCCCUUUAAAUAACAUCCCCCUGCCUAAGACCAGCUUUACCCCCACAUCAUUACCCCAGGGGAAUUCCCUCCCACAGGGGAUAGCCACACUUCCCAAAGGAGUCAAUCUUUCAGUGCCACCGCCCCAGGGAGUCAAUUUAUCAGUUCCACCCCCAUCUACACCCCCUAAUGCAGUAGACACGCCCCCUAAUGCUGCCCUCAUCCACAUGGAAGCCAUUGGGAAGAUACUGUCAGCUCAGGUUGGGUUACAUCCCAAGGGAAAUGGAGGAGGAGAGGAGGGCGUGUUCAAAGUCCCUCUGCCACCCCCACUGGGGGGCGCCACAGUCAAGCACGGGAGGCUGGGAGAGGGGGGUAACGGUGUGGCCAAUCAUAACCACCCCACAGGGGCGGAGACCACGGAGGUAGUAGACAUGGAAGUGGCCUCGCCCACAGAUGAUGUGGACAUAUCCUAUUCACCUCCUGAUGAUAUAAUGCCAAUGGAGAACAAUGACAAAAAACCUGCUAAUAAUAAAAACAGUGUCACUUUCAGCCUGGUUGAUCCUCCUGAGGACAUGCCUUCAUCUGCUGUGGAAUUGGACAAGCAGGAAAAAUUCAUGAAGAAGCUGAACCGCCAGGAGAGAGUGGUGGAGGAGGUGAAACUGGCUGUCAAACCUUAUUAUGCUAUGAAGAAAAUAGAUAAAAAUGAAUACAAGGAAAUACUGAGGAAAGCUGUGCCAAAAAUUUGUCACAGCAAAAGUGGUGAUAUCAAUCCACUGAAGAUCAAGACUUUGAUUGGGGCAUAUGUACAGAAAAUCAGACAGACUAAAAAAUGGGAAAACAAGAAACCAAGCUCAAAAAAUAAAGGACGAAGGUGAUAGAAACCAGUAUUAUAGGACAAGUGGCACUGGUGCACAGGUUGGAUACCAGUGACAGAGGACAAUAUCAUUAUUUUAAUGGUGCGCAUGCUUUGGCAUCUGUCUCAGGCCAUCCUUAUUUAAGUUAUAGUGUACAACAUUAAUUCGAAUUCUUGGGGAAAUUUUCAAAAAAGUGACGUAAUUUCUAGACCUCUGUAUAAUGUUACGUGACAUUCAAGGUGCCAAAGCCUCAGAAGAUUUUGGUGCUGAUCUGUGGCAUAGGACAUUUACUCAGCAUAGACGAUGGCAACUUUCCCCAAAGGCAGAGCAUUUGUUUUAAGAAAAACAAUCAUGAGUAGUCUUGAAUGUCAAAAUGUUUUCUCUGUGAACUGUCGAUUAAAAUUGUUUUUGUAUUAAAAUUGAUGAAUGGGAACGUUUUAAAAUCAUGUGUAAGAGACAAAUUUGCUCUAUAAAUUCUGGCCCUGUGCCAUUAUGCAUAAUUCUAGUUGUUUCUGGUUUUGUAGACCAUAUUUCUUCAAUAUGUAUUGCUUACAAUGCUGUUAUUUUGUAAAUGAAUUAGUGAUUAUGAAGA